AUAGCAGCCAAUGACGUCAUAGAAAGUAUACACCAACGUUCGAACAUAUGAAAAUACCAUGUUUGUUUCAUCAGUAAUUGAAUAAUUCGUGAAUAGGUGGGUAUAAUAGAAUUUUACAUUGAUCAGAAAGACUUAGUCUUGUUGGAGACAUCAUCAGUGUUGUGCGAUUGUAGAGGUGAUUCUUUAUAUAGAUUGUCGCUCUUUCAGUUUUUGCAAGAAACUAAAAAAUAUGGCUAAUCCAGUAACUAGUUCCAUAUCAGACAGGACGGUUGAAACUGAUCAAGAUUUAGCAGACAGGAUAAAUCGAAUAGCUUUACAAGACUCAUCAAAAAGGAUUAGGAAGACAAUUAACAAUAAGAGUCAAUUAUUAAGUAAGGAGGAAGGGAUGGGACUUACUUAUCUCAACACGGAACCGAAUUUAAAGGUGCUCAUCGUUGCGAACGUUCACAAAGCAGUUUUUACAAAUGCUAAGAUAAAGGCCCAUUUUGAAGAACUCUUCAAACUUUAUUCAAAGGAAACAAGAUUCGAUUAUCUUCCUAGUUUAAGCCGAGUUCGUGUGGAGUAUGACUCUGAAAAAAAUGCUGAAGUCGCUAAAAAUGCUUACAAUAAACAAAAUGUUCUUGGAAAUGUUGUUCAAGUUUUCUACGCCAAAGUAGCCGUUACUAUUGAUAGAGGAGGAGGGAAUUUCUUACAAGUGCCUGAACGUGAACGAAACUUUCUCAUAUCACCACCAGCUUCACCGCCAGUCGAUUGGGAGCCUAUACCUGAAACACAUCCUAAUAUAGAUUAUGAUUUAUUGGCGGCUGUCGCAAACUUAGCUCCAGGGACAGAGCACGAAUUGAUUCCAGCAACUGGAAAUCAUCCAGGCAUCAUUGUACACAUCAGCGAAAAUCCUGACGGUUUCACCAAUUCGGAUAGGCCUAAAAUCAUACAAACUAGACGACCUCAAUUUAAUGAAUAAAACGAUGAAUAUACAUACAGUAUAUGUAUAUAUCUAGUUUUAUUAUAUAUUUAUUUUUCUAUAAAAAAAAAACUAGUCGUGUUUUCUUAUUUUUUGUUUAGUUUAUUUUUUUAAUUUUUGUUUGUAGUCUGUUUUAUUUGAGUGUGCUUAAAAUAAUUGUAGUAGUAUUUCCUUUUGUCGUUGCAAUAUAAAAAAUUUAUUUAGCACUUUGCCAGUAAAUUUUAUUAUAGUCAGCACCGACAAUAAAGCGGGGAAUGAAAUUCUGCUAUACUAUUUGAUAAGAUACCUAUUAUUAUAUAAUAUAUUGAUAUCGUAUAUGUAUAUACUAUAUAUUAUAUAAUAUAGGAUAUAGUACCACCUAUACAUAUUUCAUAAAGAUAACUAUUAGAGGUGAAAAACACCAUGAUUGUAUUCGUUAUCAUCUAGGUUAUUGUCAUGAAUGGUGUGACACUGAUAUACAAAAUACUUCCUAUCUUUCGUAAUCAAUGUCAAUUAAACUUGAAUUUUAACCAUGUGUUAUGAUUUUUCAAAAAACAAUUUAAAAUCAGACAAAAAUAAAAUCCAAUUACAUGUAAUUAAUUAUGUAUAUAUUCAGAUAAAAACCGAAGUAGACCAAUUUAACGCUUUUAAAUGAAUACAAAAUGAAAUGUAUUGAUAAGCUUUAACUGUAUUUCUUUCGAUAGAAUUAUAUAAUUUUAAUUAGUUUCUUGUUUUUCGAUCUCUUAGUAUUAACGUCACUAUUAUUAAAUACCGACAAAAAAAAUUCAAUAGAUAGGGUUGCAUUUUCCUAUCCAUUGCAGUACACUGUUAAAGAUAUAUAUAGUAUAAAUGUCUAUAUAUAUAUAUAUAGGGAAAAAAUCAUUAUGUGUGGCAUUACCGGAGGCUACCUUUGGAGAAGUUUAUAUAUAUAUUUUGAAAUUAACCGUGAUAAAAUUGUUGUCAUGAACGAAGCUUUUAAAAAGAGAAGCAAAAAAAAACAAAAAAAUUUUCCCUCAUCUUCACUCACAUAUACUUUUAUAAAAACAAAUUAUGAUAGCUUUUAUUCUCCCUCUCGUACUCCUUAUUGGAAAAGUACUGUCAAACAAUACAACAUUUAAAGAAUCUCUAGAGAAUGCUUCAUUGACUACGGGACGAUUGGAUGUCGCGACGCCGAUUAAACACUUUGAGGAUGGCGUCACUUGCGUUUAUAAAAUCAAUAAGGAAAAGAUUCGUAUUUGCGAAAGGAAUAUAUUUGGUGCCAGAAUUUGCAAGGAAUUAUAUAAUGAAAUUGACCUUAGUGCCGAAUGGAGAGGUAGAGAUGAUGGAAAAGAGGAGUUAUACAAUAAUUUAACAUUCAAAAUCUUUUAUUGUCCUUAUGAUGGUCUACCCUAUCAGUAUAAAUGUUGUGAUCAUCGGAUAAAAAAGAUGGGCUGUUGCUCGAAAACUGAAUUAUUCGGUUUAUCAGAUUUUAAUAGAAUCAUUUGGAUUGCUUCUCUAGGAGUUUCUUUCAUUUCAAUAAGCCUUUGCUUACUUGGGGGUUAAUUUGUUUUUUCUCUUUAUUUAUACUAUGCCUCCUCCCCCCUUCUCUUUAUUUUAUCUCUAAUCUAUAUUCUCUAUUGAUUUCAGUCGUCUCUAUUUAUCGAUGUUGUAAAAAGAAGAAAAUUUUUACAGAGCCUAAAGAUGAAUUUUAUCACACUCUAAUCAAUUCUAGUUAUACGAAUUUUCCAAUUUCAGAGCCAGACUCUAAUUACAAUUACGGAAUUCCAAAAGUAGAAGUGAAACGUUCUACACGAAUUGUCUAAAAAAUGAAAAAAGCUAUUAUCACCUAAUUUAAACGCGAUAGAAGCCUUAACGAAUGAUUAAUAAUUUUAAAGUUAUCUUG